CUGCACUUUGCUAUUAUUAGUCGUGAGCACUAAAACUGUACAUCAACUAUCUUAUCUUCCCAAACAUCAAUACGACACCACUGAUAAAACGUUAUAAAAAUGCUGCUGCUCCUAGUGUUAGGUGUUUUGCUUUCUUGCAUUUGGAGCUACUACAAAAUCAUCAAACCGGUAAAGUACUGGCAAGAGCGCGACGUGACCCAUGCCAGAGCUUGGCCAAUCGUUGGCAGCUUGAACCAAGUCACUUUGAAAAAGAAGCACAUAGCGGACGCACUCGAUGAAAUUUACCAACACUUCCCCAACCAAAGAUGCGUCGGUUAUAUGCACUUUACGACCCCGUUUCUCAUGCUACGGGACUUGGACUUGAUUAAGAAAAUCACAGUCAAGGAUUUCGACCACUUCCAAGACCGUCUAGCUUCCAAAACGAUCAAAACUGACCCCCUGUUGGCCAAAAGCUUGCUCAGUCUCGGUGGAGAGAACUGGAAGCGCAUGAGGGCCACAAUUAGCCCGGUCUUCACAAGCAGCAAAAUGAAAUUCCUGUUUGGCUUGAUGGACGAAUGUGCGAAAAACUUCACUGGGCAUUUCACCCAAAACGAGACAAAACUCGAAAUGAAAGACGUGUUUUCGAAAUUCGCCAACGAUGUUAUUGCCACCACGGCCUUCGGCAUCCGAAUUAAUUCACUCCAAGACCCCACUAACGAAUUCUACAAAUUGGGGAGCAGUUUUAUCAACUUUGGCUGGUGGGAUAUUGCCAAAGUUUUGGUCACGCAACUAUCACCAGGCCUGGCUAACUUGUUACAACUACGAGUGUUUAGCGAGGAAACUGGCACUUUUUUUCGAUCGUUGGUUAAAGACAAUAUCAGGAAACGCCAAAGUGAGGGAAUAAUUCGUCCAGAUUUGAUCCAACUUUUGAUGCAAGCGCAAAACGGUGACGAAAUCCAACACUCAAGCGAGAAAAUUGCGCUAACAGAAGACCAUUUUGUUUCCCAAGCUUUGACUUUUUUUAUCGCUGGUUUUGACACGGUUUCAACAGCUGCCUGUUUCAUGGCACAAGAACUGGCACUCAACCCGCAUAUCCAGAAACGACUACAACUGGAAAUUGACUCAGUUUUGGAAAACCACAAGGGGAAUAUCUCCUAUGAGACGCUCCAAUCAAUGAAAUAUUUGGACCAAGUUGUUUGUGAAACGCUAAGGUUGUGGCCGCCGGCUACACAAACUGAUCGAUUGUGUGGCAAAAGUUACGUCAUCGAACCGGUGAAUCCCAAAGAGAAGGUUGUGUUUGUUGAAAAGGGGGUGUCAGUUAUUGUGCCAGUUAUGUCAAUACAGAGGGAUCCCAGUUUUUGGGAAAAACCGAACAAGUUUGAUCCUGAGAGGUUUAGUGAGGAAAAUCGCGCGAAGAUUGUUCCAGGGACGUAUCUACCGUUUGGGACAGGGCCCAGAAAUUGCAUUGGUUCAAGGUUCGCGCUCCUCGAACUCAAAAUCCUUUUUUUCCACCUUUUGGCAAAAUUUAUUCUCGUGCCUUGUGACAACACACCAAUUCCGUUAAAACUUGACCCCAAGAAACUAACAAUGUCCCCAGAAAACGGCUUCCAGUUGAGUUUAAGACGAAGAUUGUUAUCACCAUAAAGGGUCACGAUUUUGUCACCUUUGCAGUGCAUGCCAUCUUAUCAGCAAUACAAUCGAGCAGUUAAUUAUUUUUGUAACCGAAUUUUUGUUACACUGUGAUAAAUAAAAGACCAAAACAUA